UCGACCGCCCGCGCUCGAUUGCUCUUGUCUGGCGGCGGCAGCAUGGCGGCGGGGGCGGUUGAGGUGGCGGCUGCUGUUGUGGAGGUCGGCUCAGCCGGGCAGUUUGAGGAGCUGCUGCGCCUCAGAGCCAAGUCCCUCCUUGUAGUCCAUUUCUGGGCACCAUGGGCUCCACAGUGUGGUCAGAUGAACGACGUCAUGGCAGAGCUAGCCAGAGAACACCCCCAGGUUUCAUUUGUGAAGGUGGGACCUUCCGUUUUAUAUCCAUUUUCUCUCUUCAGGCUCAAAGUACUGACAAAUAAAGCUUCUGUGAUGCUCUUUAUGAAAGGAAACAAACAGGAAGCUAAGUGUGGCUUCAGCAGACAGAUUCUGGAAAUACUAAAUAGUACUGGUGUUGAAUAUGAGACAUUUGAUAUCUUGGAGGAUGAAGAAGUUCGGCAAGGAUUAAAAACUUACUCCAAUUGGCCGACAUACCCUCAGCUGUAUGUGAAAGGGGAGCUUGUUGGAGGAUUGGACAUCGUUAAGGAACUGAAAGAAAAUGGUGAGUUGCUGCCUAUACUGAAAGGAGAAAAUUAAUAAACGUUAGACUUGGUGCCCGGCUGCUGCAAGAAAGACUUCACUCCAGUGGAGCAGUUCACGACUGAGUGCUCAGGAGAGGACUAGCUGUAGAAAAUGCUCGUCCCCAGCUGUACUUUGUGUAUUUCACAAGGUUGGGCUAAACACACGUAUGUGACGUUUUUUCCACCAAAAAUAGAAUGCAAUAAACACCUUCAAGUUCAGUUAAAAAUAA